AUGUCGAAGCUCAAAUGGAUUCUCAACAAAGCGGCGGUCUCUAAUGAGCCGGGGCUAUCGAAUGCCCAGAUGAUGUUGACAAACGACGAUUUGAGGCCAGUCGAACCCGAACGUCGUCAAUGGAGAUGGUUGAACUAUAUCGCAUUCUGGAUUGCAGACUCACUGAACAUUAACACAUGGAUGAUCUCCUCUUCCAUGAUCGUCGAUGGCCUCUCCUGGUGGCAAUCAUGGCUCUGUGUCUGGAUUGGAUAUUUCAUUGCCGCAGGCUUCGUUUGUCUCACCGGUCGCAUCGGUGCCGUCUAUCAUAUCUCCUUCCCAGUGACCGUUCGAGCAUCCUUCGGUAUCUGGGGUUCUUUUUGGCCCGUGAUCAACCGUGUUGUCAUGGCCAUUAUCUGGUAUGGCGUGCAAAGCUAUAUUGGAGGUGAAUGUGUGACUUUAAUGAUCGAGGCGAUUUGGCCCAGCUACAAGAAUCUGCACAAUAGUCUUUCAGCCAGCGCUGGCAUUGACACGAAGAAUUUCCUGAGCUUCUUCCUGUUCUGGCUCCUCUCCCUCCCAGCUCUAUGGUUCCCAGUUCACAAAGUGCGACACUUGUUCACCGUCAAGGCGAUCUACUCUCCCAUCGCCGCAAUUGCCUUCUUCGCCUGGGCCAUCUCUCGGGCACACGGUAUCGGCCCAAUCGUCCACCAGGGCAGCACCGUCCACGGCAGCACGCUAGCCUGGGUGUUCGUCAAGGGAGUCAUGAGCUGUAUCGGAAACUUUGCAGCACUGAUCAUGAACGACCCCGACUUUUCGCGCUUUGCCCGAAAGCCCAAGGAUGCCUUGUGGUCUCAGCUUCUUACCAUCCCCAUCGGUUUCGGAAUUACUUCUUUCAUCGGUAUCAUCGUGUCCUCUUCCUCGUCGGUUAUUUACGGUGAUGCGAUCUGGAACCCGCUCGAUCUACUCGGCAAGUUCCUCGAAGGGGCCAGCUCAGGUCAGCGAUUCGGUAUCUUCAUCAUUUCAACCGGCUUCGCCCUCGCACAGCUGGGAACCAACAUCUCAGCCAACUCCGUCUCCGCCGGAACAGACCUGACAGCCCUGAUGCCACGGUAUCUGAACAUCCGCCGGGGCAGUUACAUCUGCGCCGCCAUCGGUCUAGCCAUGUGCCCGUGGAACCUCGUGGUAACAUCCAACCAAUUCACAACCUACCUCUCCGCCUACUCCCUCUUCCUCUCCGCCAUCGCCGGCGUAAUGAUCUGCGACUACUACAUCGUCCGCAAGGGCUACCUGGACAUCAAAGCGCUGUACAGCGGCCGCAAAACAGACCCCUACUACUACACCCUAGGCUUCUCCUGGCGCGCCUACGCCGCCUACUUCGCCGGCAUUCUAAUCAACAUCGUCGGUUUCGCCGGCGCAGUGGGUCGCGAUGUCCCCGUCGGCGCGCAGUAUAUCUACAACAUCAACUAUUUCACCGGCGUGCUGGUUUCGGGUGGGAUGUACUGGAUUCUUACGCGUCUUUUCCCGGUGCCGGCGACUAGUGAUCGGUGGAAUGAGGUUGAUAUUGAUGUUGAUGAUUAUGGUGUCGCGUAUGGACAGCCUGUUGUUAGUGAUGAGGAGAAUGCUGGUUAUGAUCGUCGGUCGAUUACGGAUUCGUUGUCGCCGGAUGAGCAGAAGAAGGGGGUUCAUACUGCUGCGAAGAGGAUUUGA